GGUGAACAACAUGAGAUCCUCUCCUUCCUCUAUGAGGCCAGCUACUGUCUGAACUAUUCUCGGCCUUUCCACGCCUGCGGAUCUGGGCCCCGCCCUACCUGGCCGCUGGUACAUAUCAGGAUCUAGUCUCGUCGAAUGGCCCUCAGGUCCUACACGGCAGAAGUAUUUGAAGGAAGCAAGGUAGCGAGCAACAAAUUCCAAUGUGCAUCCUUCCAUUGCCUUAUUUUCACCAUCAAUCGAAAUGCCUCGGUCUCUUGGAACGUCGCUGGGCCUAAUUGGCAGCGGGCAAGAACCACACUCCCUUUCCCUUGCCGCGAGCUCUACUCUUUGCAAAAACGCCACUUACAUCUCGGAUCCCAAUGCCUCGAGAGUUCACCCUGCACCGAAUCACGCCGAAGCAGACGUGCGUCGGGCUUACCACGCUGACCGAGAUUGUGACUCUGGAGACAGCGCGAAAAAGCAGACUGUGUUAUGCCUUCCAGGUUGUCACCACGCCCGAGCCAAGCUGUCGGGUAUGGAUGAUGCUCCUUUAGAUGGGAGGUCGCGUUAUGCUUUGAAAGAGUAUUCAGAAUCGUUCGAUGAUUACCGUCUGUUGAAACGGAGGUUGUCCACGUUGACACACUCACCGCCAAGUGAUAAAGCUACAUGGCCUGUCAACAUGUAGUGCAAUGCACUGUGAUGUAUGCAGUAGCUUGAAACCGACUGCCCUGGACUUAUCCACAGGAUACACGCCGCCGCUACUAGGGGAAUCUCUGAGAGAAAUU